UGACUAUUGGUGCGUGGAAGUGCGUCAGGUCUCAAUACAGUCUGAACCUUGUAACCGAGGGGCGGAAAGAGGUUUUCAGACAAACUUUGACAAGAGACGCAAAUUUGGACAUCUGGACAAGUGCACUGGCCUUAGUUACUCUGGAAGUAUGAAAAGUUUCAAACAGCGACUUAAGAAAAACGAGAGUACAGAAUGGGGAAAGCAAGAUGAGCGUCUGAUGAAAGCUGUGGAAAAUGGAGACAUAGACAAAGUCACAGCCAUACUCAAAAAAGGAGCCAACCCCACCAGACUAGACCCGGAGGGCCAUUCUGCGUUUCACGUUGCUGCUAGUAAAGGCCUCAUAAACAGUCUUAAUGUUUUCCUGGAUAACAGUGUCGAUGUAAAGGCUGUAGAUGCUGCCGGUAAAACAGCUUUGCAUCUGGCUGCAGGAGGUGGUCAUUCCAUGUGUGUGCAGAAGCUACUGCAGUGUAAAUGUCCCGUAGACAGCACAGACCUGCAGGGACGUACAGCUUUGCAUGAUGCAGCAUAUGUGGGCUGCAAAGCCGUCAUAAAAAUGCUCUGUGACAGUGGUGCAUGCAUUGAUGCUCUUGACGCAGAUAGUAGGUCUCCCCUAUUGCUAGCUGCUAAGAUGUGCCAACCAGGAGCAUGCCAGUUGCUAGUGCAGUAUGGGGCACACACUAUUCUUCGAGACAAGCAAAACAAGACAGCACUAAUACUAGCUUGUGAGAACUCUUGUAAAGAAGCAGUGGAGAUUCUCCUGAAGACUAAUGCAGAUAUGUCAGCAUUGGACAUUUAUGGCCAUGAUGCUUACCACUAUUCCAGACUAAGUCAGAACCAAGACUUGAUUACACUUGUCAAACAUGCCUUGGAAGCAGGCACUAAAGCAAAAGAGAUUUCCACCGUUCCACAGAAGAUCCAACAGGCUAAAUCCUCAUCAGGAGGGAUUGGUUGGACCAAAUCAGGAGCAGUCAAGAUGGAGAAUGUUUUAUCAGAACCAAUCACAGUCAGGCAUGCACAGUUCGCUCCUGCCCCAGUCAGAUCUGCUACCAUAUCAGAGGACUUGUUGCCUGGUGAGGUAGAGGCCCUUCGGAGAGAACUUCGAGAGUCACGGAAAAGGCAUGAAGCAGCAGAGGCAGAGGUGCACAGGAUGGAUACAGCAUUGGCCCUGCGUAGCCAGGAGUAUGAAGGACUGAGGAGGAACAGUGAGCAAGCCCUGCAUGCGGCCCACAGCCGGGUGUGGGAGCUGGAAGAGGCCCUGGGUGAGGUGCAGAGAAGAAUGGCAGGCUCUGAGACCCGAGUAAGGCAGAUGCAAGCUCAUCUGGUGGCUGUCCGGGAACACUUGGUGGAGGAGCUGAGAGUCCAGCUUCAAGAAGCCAAAGGCCAGCGGCAUGCUGCCGUAGCAGAACUGGGGAGGAUGCAGAUGGAGCUCAGCCAGAGUAUGCGGGAGGUGGAGCAGCAGAAGGAAAACCAGAGCCCCCUGAUGCAAGAACUUAGCCGGCUUUCCCAGAAGCUGCUCAGCAGAGAAGAGCAGAUAAACACAUUAAGGGCCAGGAUAGCAACGGUGGAGGCACAACAAGCUGAGAUGUUGUGUAAGGAGGCCCAAACCCCAUCAGAGUGGUGCCCCACUGAUGCGAAGAUUACGAUGACUGAUCUUAUCACUGAGACCUGUGAACCAACCAUAGAUCUGGACAGAUAUAUCAGCAAGGCCGAGCAUGUGGCUGCAACGAGCUUGCUAAACAAUGCAUUGCAGCAGGCUGAAGUCAGGGCUGAGGAGGCUUUGCAGAAGUAUCAGUGUGCUCUUGAGGACAACCAGAGCCUUCUGAGAGAGCUACAUGAACAGAAGACAGAGCUGGACACCAUACAGGAGGCUCUGCAGGCCAGGUGUGUCCCUGUGGCCUUAGUGGAGGAAAAGGAGAAAGAGGUGGAGCAGCUCAGACUGGCCCUUGAAGAGAUGGAGAAGAGAAAAAACCAGGGGAGUGUGAAUUUCUCACCCAGAGAAGAGGGGGAUGCUCGGGUGCUAAGUGAAGAGUGCACUGUAGAAAUACCAAGUGAAAUACAGUAUAAUCAAGUAUCUUCUUCAAAUGAGAGUGACAAAGCAGAGUGUGAUGUUAUUAGGAUUGCAGAAAAAAAAAUUCUGCCAACUGAAAUCAGCACCAUAUCUGAGGACCAGCAGAGCACAUCCUCAGAUCAAGUUGUUAAGAAUUCAGAGUUGUUGGUGGAGCAUGCUGGACAGCGGGGGGCUCAGGGCAGCUUCUCUGAACCCUCACAUUCAGACAGUUCCCUCCAGGCUCAGGUCAACAGGCUACAACUGCAGCUAGAGGCCUCGGAAAAGCAUUACAGAAAUGUGCUUUCAAUAUACCGAACACGACUACUCAGUGCAGCACAGGGGUUCAUGGAUGAAGAGGCCAGAGUGGCUCUGCUGCAGAUUGUCAAGAUGAGAGAGUGUGUGUGUUGAGCAUUACAUUUAGUGUGUUAGUGUGUGUGUGUGUGUGUGUGUGUGUGUGUGUGUGUGUGUGUGUGUGUGUGUAUUUCUGUAUCACAAAACUUAGAAAAAAGACAAAUUUCAUCUAAUUGAGGUUUCAUAAAAGUUUUAAACCUUUUAGCAUUAUAUAUCAUGUGUAGAUUAACUGUGUAACUAAUAUAAAAAAACAAAUGAAUUGUCUAUAAAAUAUUGAGAUUUACACUACAUUUAGUUCUGGUCCACUAAUUUGCUUGUCUGUGUCUGCGGAAUUGCAGAAACGGUGAAGCGACAUGGCAACCUGAACCAAUUGGAUUGGGUUCAGAUCGGUGCAAAAAGUCCAUAUUAUUCAUAUUUGUGCAGAGAGGUGUGAUUGGUGACUGUUACAUAUGGCCACCAGGAGAUGGAGCCAAGUACAUGAUACAGAUUCAAUGAUGACUCAAAUGGCACAGAAUGAAACUUAUUCUGUAAAAUCUCAUUACUAAAAUCAUGUCGGCAUGCUAUGCAGACCUUUAGUCAUUGACGUGUUUGCAUGUGUAAUUAGUUCAUAUGUACAAUUAUGAUCUUUUAUUUGUUUGGAGAGGCUUUUGGACACUAGGAUAUUGCUUGUCAUAUCAACACAAAAUUUUACACAGUCAACAAUUUACUCCUUGUUUUUAGGUCGAGUUAAAAGUCAUUAAUAAUGUGUAUGCCAAUGAAACAAGAAAUCUUUAAAAACACCCUCAGAGCUUAAAGGGUUAACCUCUUUCUAUAACUGUUGUAUGAAAGCAAUAAUAAACUCACAAUUGUGGCUAAAAGUCUUAUCAAUAGCUUUGCUGAUAUUCAGUACAGCAGAACUCUUGCUUGUGCGAUAUUGCUUAAAUAAAUACUCUUAUUUUUGAUUAGGUUAAAGGUGAAGUGAUUCUAUUGGUUGAUCCAGUCUUGUUAUAUUAGGCUGCUCAAACAAACAGAUUGCAAUUCCAUAUAGUGCCACUAGUUAUGCAUAAAUUACACAUUUCACUUAUAAGCAGGCCCGGACUGGCCAUCGGGAGCACCGGGACAAUUCCUGCUGGCCUGGCGACUAAGUUGGCCUGCUGCCAGCCAGCGUUUUAAAUAAAAAAGUUUUUAUUAUUAUUAUUUUAUAUUACUACCUUUACCAGUGAUCAUUUAUGAAUUCAUCAUUCAAUAAAAUUAUUAUUAAUAUUAAUAACAAUAAAAAAAAAUCAUGAAUCUGUUAGUCUUGACUGGCAAGGCUGUGAUGCGACUUUAUGCCUCAGACAAACGGUUAAACAGAAAAUGCAAGCAGCACCCGUCUAACGUUACAUUCGUGGAGAAAUCAAAACAAAUGAGUGCACACAGAAAACUCACAGAAGCAAUGUACUGAGGUAAAAAUUCUAAUUGUUGUUUUUUUUAUUUAUAACAUAUGAUUUACAUAUGUUGAUAUGAUUUAGUUUAACAUAACACAACUAAAGGAGCUGUUUUGCUGUAUAUUAUCAUGAUUGAAAAUGUUACAUUGAAUUUAUUGUUCAAUAAACAAGUAGCGUAGUUAAUAUUUAUUAUUAAGUUCCUUACAUUUUAGACACAAACCAUAUUAACUGUUUUUGUUCUAUUUCACCGACUAAAAUAGUUC